AUGCAUACCAAAGCACAAAACGGUUCGCUUUGUGCAUCCUGUCCUCUGGGAUCGAAGCUUCGUGUUGAGAAGCUCACUACACAAUCGGAAGAUUUCAGUAGGAAGCUGUACAUCUUUGCGGAGAAGAGCCAACGAUACAUUUGCUUCAAUAAGCGGUGGAAACUCGUCGGCCUGCCGAAAAAACAGAAGGGACCGAUGUGCCAGUUUUACGAGGUGUACAACGGCUCCUAUCUGAGGUACAGGAGCGCCGUCGAUGGGACGCGGUAUAUCGGCUUCAACAAGUUCGGCAAGCCGAUGAAGAAUCUCCACGGCAGGCAAGAGUGUUUCAACUUCAUCAAGUACAAUCCCCAUGCCGACAUAAACCACCACAAUAGCCUGGUGAACGCGGAGAUGGGCGGUAUGGAGCCGCGGGAGCCGUACGUCGUCUCGAGGAAACCGUCGCUGGUGAUGAGGGCCACGAAGAACUCCCUGUUGCAGGCCGACAGUGCGAGGGAGCACGUCCACACGUCCACGCAUCGCCAUCGGCACUCGAAUCGCUGGAAGCAUCUCUCGCAUCGGCAGGACGGGGCAGAUUCGGGACCCCGGAGACGGCAUGAGAGCCGCCUCCUCGUCGAGGCCAGCAAGUAUUGA